GAAUUUGCAAAAGAACGAGAACGGGUGGAAAACAGAAGAGAGUUCUUGAAGUUGCGACGUCAGCAACAAAUUGAGCGUGAGUUGAACGGGUAUUUGGAGUGGAUUUUAACUGCCGAAGAAGUGAUCCUGAAAGAGGAUCGAACCACUGAGGAAGAAAAAGCUGCGAUCAUGGAGGGUUCGUUUGUUCUUUCGUUGAUUUUUACAGCAAAACCAAAGAUUUAUCUCACCAAUGAAGAUUCCCAUGAUAAGCGAAAGUGUUUCCUUCGUAACACUGAUCAGCGCGAUCUUUUAACGAACAAACUUCUGACCAAUUAA